AUGCCUCAAAUUCCAACAUUGUCAGCCCAACGCAAUCGCGUAACCGCCCAGGCUACGCUGAGUAAAAUGCUAGGCGAUAACUUAACCGCUCGUAUUAAUGAGCUGGACCGCGCCGGCCUCGAGAUUCCCAUCCACGAUAAAGACGCGUUUGUCGACGAUGCAGACGCAUCUGAAAAGAUCAUCAAGGUUGACGACAUGAUCAAAGACUCGGUCGAAACCCGGGAGAAAUGCGAUGAGAUCAUCUCCCGUCGAGCUCGUACUCUCGCGCUCGUUGACGCCAAGGGGGCCGCUCUGGAUGCAGAGAUUAAAGCGAUGCCCAACAUUACGGCUCCGGCCAACAAACAUCAACUCCAGGCCGCCCAACUGGACUGCCUGCUGCCUGUGCUACGCCAGGUCCUGUCGCACGAAGCGGGCAAAAAGCUGCUCAAGACUCUUGCCCCCGAACUAUCUGCCGAGCUUGGACUUCCCAUCCAAGACACUCAAGCGGUGGCCUUGGCUGAGGAGGUUGAUCAGCUCAAACAUGACCUGUGUACAAGAGAAACAGAGCUUGCCAGAGCAAGUCAAGACCUUGCUACUGCUCUUACUAACGUCGAUAAAUUAGAGCGACAAAAGGCGCAAGCAAUCGCUCACUACAACGAUAUUAAAGACAAAUAUCAACUCCUCAAGUCACAGUCCACCGAAGAGGCCGAGUCCAGCAGACUUCUGGUGAAGGAGCGUGAUCGCGAGAUUGCCAAGUUGAAGCAGGACUUGGUUACCAGAGACGACGACUUGAUCGAAAUUGGGAAGCAACUGGCUGAAAGGGAUAACCAGCUCAAUACAACAAAAUCGGACCUACAACGCCAAAUCGAGUCGAAAGGGAGAGCCAAAACCGAGGUUAGGGAUCUUAGAUCCAAGCUAGACGACACCAGGAAGAAUACUGCUGCGGCCGAAGCAGAUAAGGAGGCAGCCAACAAGGCAUCGGCCACAGCGAACGCCGAAAUGGAGGUAGCCAACAAAAAGGUUACGACUCUCAAAGAGGAGUUGGCCAAAGUCAAGCGAGCAUACGAUGCAGAUGUUAAAGCACACGAGAAGGUGUUAUCGAUGUGGAGAGAGCGAGCAGCCAAACUUGACAAUACUGUCACAGACCUCACCCAAUCCAAGAGCAAGCUGAAUGAGCAUAUCGAUGCCGUGACAUUCACUAAAGGGGCGCUUGAAAAGCAGACCAAAGCCUUGCUGGAUGGUAUUACAGGUUCUUCGGUGAACAAGGAUGACCUCCACGCCUUGUUAACAGCUCUAGAUGACGACUUGGUCGCUCCAACAAUCGACAUCCAGCCUCAGACGUGGGCUAUUGAAGUUUGGGACAUGCCCACUCUCGAUCCGUUUGUUCCCGCUAAAGCGGAGGGAAUUUCUGGUGGCUUUAUAUACGAUGAACCCCACUGA